GCCCCUUGGCACCGCAGUCCGAGGUGGUUUUGCCUCUCCUCAACCCCAGGUUUCUUCGGUUUUGUUUGUUGCUGUUGCAAUGCGGGGGAAAAGAAAUCGGAGUUGAUUCCCGUGCCUUCUUCGAGCCGUUGGUCCAUGGGUCUGAUCCGUUAUGUACUGAGGUAAUGUAGGAUGAUUCCUCUUCUGUCCAUCGAAAUUGUCCUCACAGUAUCUCACUCCGAAAUAGCUUACCAGCGGAAUACGAAGUCCAAUCCCCUCCCAAGGCCGUGGAACAGACCUCAUUGGGCGUGUUUGCGCCACCUCGUGUCUUGGCUGGGGUUUGCCGUGUGGCACACAUACAACCCGCACAACACUACCUACAACUACUCCAGCAGUCCCCUCCAUACACACCCCCGCCCUUCUUUCCGUAAGCCUGCAAGGUCUUCCCUGCUUGCUGGCUGGCUCGCACAACUGGGUCUCGGAGUCGGGUUCGGUCCCGGAAUCUCUCCUAGACGACCACCCCACAUUACCCUGCAAAAUGGUCUGAUGCAGUGUCAUGACCGUGUAUCCACCCCCAGCACAAUCGGGGUUAUUCUAUCGAUCGCUCUUGGCGGAAACAAUCGUUUCGGUCGGCUUCUCGCAUCGAGUCACGCCGCAUUUCACGGACCCGAACGACGGGCACCCGUCACCACAGUCAAUCUAGUGGGUGGCCAUCCUGCACAACCCUAGUCUCCCCUAGUCGCCCAUGGAACCUCGCCAACUGACCCUCUGCGCGACACACCAAUCAAUCCCUGCAACGAUCAUCUCUAGGUCCAGAGCACCGGAGGAUGGUACUACUGUGACUGGUCACUACUCCGGGGAGGAGGAAGCCUCCGUUGGAUGCA